GGUCGCGUGUCUUGUGGUGCUGAAGCUGCGCGUCCAUCAGACGUUGCCACAACACAUCCUAGCGAGUAUACCGCACAAGCAAGCUGUUUUUUGGGGGGGGAGUAAAUUGUUAAAUGUCGCCGCAAUUUAUUGUCGUUUUUAAUUCCAAAUAGUUAUAUCCGUAAAGCGCUAACUUUGUCUCGUGCUGCUUUUUUUCCCCGAGGCGCGCCGUCUCCCCAGUCCAAGAACCGCAUCCUUUAUGCACAGCACGCUGCUCCGGUCCUCCCUCACAGAGCACCAUGGCCGGCUCCAGUCCCACUCACUAGGCAGUAUGGAAGCCAAGCAGCACCCGAUAAAGAGCCUCAAAAGCUACCCGGAGACCGGUGGCCGGAGUCUGGCAGCAGCAGCCGCCGCCGCCGCCGGAGGUGGGGGUGGUGGAGGAGACGGAGGGGGUCGAGUCGGCGGUUCCACCGAGAUGGACAUGGAGACGAAGAUCCAGAAAGCCAUCGACUUCAAGGCCGAGGGGCACCGCUGUUACAAAGAGAAGAAAUUCCGCGAGGCCAUAGGUAAAUACCACCGGGCUCUGCUCCAGCUCAAAGGGGUGCACGUCGUCGACGGGACGACAGGCUCUGAGGUCAACCUGCUGAGCCAAGCCGCCGCCAAGCUGACCGAGGAGCAGUGGAGAGCCGUGGAGAGCACCGAGAUAGAGUGCUACGACAGCCUGACAGCUUGCCUGUUGCAGUCGGAGCUGGUCAACUAUGAAAGAGUGAAGGAGUACUGUCUCAAGGUUCUGAGUCACCAGAGAGACCACUUCAAGGCCAUGUACCGUGCCGGCAUUGCCUUCUACCACCUGGGAGACUAUGAAUGUGCCCUACGCUACCUGAGAGAUGCCAAGAGCCGUGAGCCCACAGAUACCAAUGUGCUGCGCUAUAUCCAGCUGACAGAGAUGAAGAUGAGCAAGAGUGGACUGCGAGAACGGGAGAUCGGCAAAGAGACACAGGGCUGACCUUUGGCCUUUUUGCCCUUCUGACACCCUUAAUCCCAUUUUGACCCUUACCCUUGAAUCCUGCCGCAACCCUACUUACAAUGACAGCACAGCCACAGGACAAAGGUUUAUAGGAGACAAGUGAAGGACAUCUUCCUCUACUCCCACUUCCUCCAUCCCCUUCCUCCUGUUUGUCCCUCAGGUGCUGUGGCUCUUCUCCCUCAAGCAAAGUGAUGAAAAGAAAGUGCUGUAUUAUACCCAUAUCACAAACUCAAUAAUGGACAUUAGUAAAGCAUUUUGUUCCUGCUCUCUUUAUCUUUUUCUCUGCCUUCUCUCUCUGAGGAGAACAUCAGGGUGGGGAAGGAGAUAUUUUUGGAGGGUCUGAAGAGAGAGGUGUGCGGGACACGUACCAACAAGAGCAUGGUCCAAUUUAAUUGUACAUGCGACUCAACAGGAGGGCUCACUCAGGCCCUUUAAGCAGACUUUAUCUUCUCUCUAGAUUUUCAAUUCAUGGAUAACAUUUCUGGACUUUUGUUUUCCAGUUAAGGGCUAAUUUGAUGGGUUUGUAAUCCGUUACGUUUUUUAGUCCAACUGUCAGGUAUGCUUAUGUUAGAAGCUGCGGUGUUUUCAGUUUGUUGUCAAAAAGCCCGCUUCCCAACCCGUCAACUGCGCCCAAGCCCCUGCCCCCACCAGUAAUGAUGUCACAACAGGGACAUUCUGACAACACUGACUUAGUUAGAAGACGAGCACAGCAGUGCGAGUGCUGGGCCGUCACACACCAUCACACACCUCUCCUUCCUCAGUUUCAUCUCCUAAUUGAAAACGUAUCCACAAAUACACUGGACACAACAUUAGCUACACUUGCACAAUCUAAUCAAAUCCAAUUAAAAAAAAAUCUGCCUUUACAAAGAUAAUUCAUGCUCCCUUUUGAAGCUAGCUAUUUAAGGGUAUGUUUAUUGUUUUAAAUGUAUUCGUUGUAUCAUUAUUUUGAUACAUUGAUUAUUAUGAGUAUAUUAUAUCAGAAUCAAUAAAUAUAAUAAUAGGCAGUCACUGUCCACAACAUUAUCAUUAUAGCUCAUUUUAUUUGGUCAUAUCUCGUACUGUUGUGGUACAUGCCACUGCUGUUUGUGCAGUAGUUGGCACGGGUUUGAUUCCUCACUGUCCCAACACCUAAGCCAUCGGACGUCCUCUCAUACCAAAAGAAGACAAGACUAUUUUAUUUUAUAUUUAGGGCUGUCAAAAAUAGCGCGCUAACGGAGGUUAGUAAUAUAUUUCAUUAAUUAGGUUACAUUUUUUAGCGUAAUUAACGCAUAGACGUCAUAGCAAGCCACGGCUCUGUUAUGACGACAGAUGGCGGCACAGCGUAGCUCCCCCCAGAGUCACACAGAGUCUGACGCUCUUUUAUAACCUUAUUCUUACCAGAACACAUCAACAGCAGUGCAACAUCAUAUAUGUAUCUCCAACUCCAAAGAAAAGACGUCUCCAGUACAUUCGUCAUUACAACGACACUUCCUCAUUGUCAAGAGACAGACCGCGAGAUGCAUUCACGGACACGCCGAACAUCACAGCAACGUCAUCAUUACGCGUGUAUGGGUGGUCUAAAUAAAUAGAAAUGCAAAGAAAAUCAAUAAGGGGAUGUUGUUAUCACUCACUUCGUAACUCUUAAAGGGGAAGUAUAAUUUUCUGCAUUUAAGUAUGCUCGAAAUUCCAGAGAAUUCACUCACAGUUAAAGUCUGAUUCAAAUAUUCUGCUAUUAAUGAAACCAUUGCUCGGUAAAUAGAUUUUGAGACAUGCGCGUCAUCUUUUAACUUGAUUUAAAUGUUAAGCUAAUUUGGCGCUAUAAAUACAUACAAAUAUAUAUCUAAUCCUGCCCUGACAUUUAUCUUUCUUUCAAUAAAAUAUAAAAAAAGUGGGCAUAUUUUAGACAUGGUAGUGGUUUAAUUUAUUUUGAACAUGCAUACAAGUUACAUUGGAAUACAUCACAUAGUACAAUUCACAGUUCCAUGUGUCCAAAAGGAGUAGGAAGAAGCAAAUUUGAUUUUAUCUUAUCCCCCCCCUCCCCCCCAUCCCUUUCACAUCAAUUGCAAUACAUUUGUUCACUCCCUGUAUUCCAAAUGUACGCUUUGCUAGUUUAAAAUAAAUCGGAAAAAUAUAAGGUAAUAUGAUAAUAUGAUAAGGUAAUAUACGGUAACAUGGUGAUUAAUCAUGAUUAAUUAAUUUUGAUUAAAAAAAAUUUGACAGCCCUGUUUAUUUUAUUUUGUUUUGUUUGAUUUUAUUUUAUCAAUUCCAUUUAUGUAGUUUCAUGAGAGUGGCACAAUAUCAGCAGUAAUCUUAUUUGAUCUGAUUAGAUUAUACCUAAUGCUGUAGUUGGCAAAUGCAUGUGGCUUGCCAAAAAUUGGCACGAAUAGGUACCGAUUUGCAUUUGCCCACACAAAUAUGUCCAACUCCUUUCAGCGUAUUAGUAAUAUAACAAAGUAAAAGGACAUUGUAUGCAAAUGCAAUGAACAUGAGGAUACAAGUCUUAAAGCAGCACGCAUCAAGUCUCCUCAUACUGUCAGCAUGCAUCUCUGGCUGCUCACCCAAAGGAGAAGAAUCAACAAGCAUGCAGGAACAAUUGGGUCUCCAUGGCCUCGGCUGAGUUUCCGCCCUCAGGGGCACCCUCGGGGUUACAUGUCGCUCUCUCCAUGGCACCGCUCCAUCAUGUUGUCGUUUUUGUCAGCCUCUGCUACGUCGUUCAUGUUCAACAUGUCAGACCAACCACCAUCCAGAGAAGUUCUAAUCCACAGUACAGUAUCGCAGCACACUUGGGGUGUCACAGGCUCUCAUGUCACGAGAUCUUUCUCGUUCAGAAGGAAACUCCCGUGGGCAUAAAUUAAUUACAUUAAUUCAUUAAUUAAUCAUACAAUGAAUGAAAAUGAACUUGAUAAUUUUGCCGGCCUUAACAUGUUGCCAUGUGCAUAUCGUCUCUUGCCUCCAAACAGGCAGGAAGAGAGUUCACUCUGUGCAUUGCUCAGCACCUUGGCAUGUUAUUUCCAUAGAACAACGGCAUGAACAAAGUGAGCCCUUUUCUCAGUCAUCCGGUUUCUUUGUCUCAGCAGGUGGAGGACACACGGAGUGCAGAAGAUUUUAACGUAGUAGAAAUUAAAUUAGUAGAUUGCGAUAUAUUGUCAUAUAUUUUUUAAUUGUACUUUUUAAAAAAGUAAGGUUCAAAUCUCGUCUUGUCUCAUUCUCGUAGACCCAAUCUCCCGUAUCAUCUUGUCUUGUGAACUGAGUGUCUCGUGACACCCCUACUGCACGCCACAACAUGGAUCUUUUUUGGGGCCAGCGGAACCUCCAAAGUCGUCAUCAAAGCAGUCUAAUACAAUAUAACAACAGGAAGGAGUUUGCAUACUGCCACCUAGUUGUGUUUUAUAGGUUCUGUAAUACAAGUUAUCUGAUGUUUUCUUUGAUCAUUUGCAUGCUUGUUAUUACUGGCAAUUAUGCUUUUAGUUACAUGCUAUUUAGGUUAGCACCGGGUUGUUUUGUGUCAGAAAGUUUGAACGUGGUGAUUGAUUUAUGACCCCCUGAUGUCCCAAGAUGGAAGGUGAGUCGCAUCUUUGACGUCUGAUCAGUAAUGCACACGUCAGUUACUUUAUUGUUCAUAAUUAAACGUUAUUUACUGUUAUUUAGGUUAUAAAUUCCAACUUUCUUUGAUCUCUUGACAUUAUGAGGUGAUAAAUCAAUCUACAUACCUUGUGAUAUUCCGGAUCAUAAGACAAUCGUCACAUUUUUAAUGGUGUCGUUUUUCUGGGGUCAUACACCAUACCGUCCUUCAGGACGUCUAUUUCUCGUGCAGCUGCUUAUUAUAAUUACACAUUGUCAAAAAUGCUUGAAAAGGUUAAUUGCGUAGCUCAAACUGUACUGAGCAGCCUGAACCCUUCCUGUGUUCCAUUUUCUGUUCUAUGGUUAUCAAUACACUUUGUUUCUCUGGUUAUUUUCUUUGACGGUGACACAGAAAUUGCCCAAAAAAGCCAAAGAAAAAGCAGAAUCCUUGAGAUCUGAAAUUUUCUGAGAUUUGCUGACUUUUGGGGCAUGUUUUUUGUUUUUUUUAACUGCAGUCGUAGUCCAACUUGUACAAGGUUGUGGGGGUGUUUGACUUUGGAGGUUCCACUAAAUGAAUAGUAGAUAAUAUGAGGCAUGAGUGUGGUUUUAAAAACAAGACAAACAAAAAAAAAGCACAACAAAAUAAAAUAGAUGAAAAUAAAAGAAGAGUUGAAUUUUUCAAUUUUUUCUGCUUGUGUUAUCUGGGCUUUUUUGAUGUCAUUUGAGGUACAUGUUUGUCAAAGUUUUGUGACUAUAUAAAUGUACAAAAAAAGAAAAGAAGAAAAACUUUUCUGGUUGUGAAAAGCUUUACUUUAUAGACAGAAUAGAAGAGCAAAAAAAAAAACGAAAAAAAAGAGAGAGAUAGAAACAACUAUUAGCUCCUGUGCAGAGCUGCUUUGUGACUGUGUUUUUGUCAGCAUUUCCUUUAAGGAGGGAUCCUGAGCUUGUGCAAUGACCUUUGACCUGCCCUUCUGACCUCUCUGUGUACAAUAAGACGAGCGCUAAAAUUGGACUGGAUGAGAACGCUGACGAACUUGUACUUCCGUCCUCGUUUUUCCUAAACACAAGAAAAAAGUCCAAUAUGAAGGCUGUGACAUUGUUUUGCUGUAUGGAGGAUUUCCAUCUGGCCUUGAACCUUUAGAGCUUUUCUUUCGCCCCCCCCCCCCGACUUCCAGACGCCAUCACUGGGUUUUUUCCACUGCUAGCCCAGGAAUGCACUACUACUGAUUGGUCAGUGAUCAAUAAAGUUGCAGACAAAGCAGACUGAUGGAGAGUUUGUGUUUAAAUGCACAGUAUACUGCUGUGGAAAACAAACGGAGUCACGUGUUUUUUACAUCAAAAAUACCAACAAAUUACUCACUUUUGAUUGUUUGAUUGUCUUUUUUAUUAAUUUGGCCAUUAUUUUGUUGUAAAAGAUAGAGAGGAGAGUGUAAUGUAUGUAAUGUAAAAGUAUUAGGGCCAAACUAAAAUAUGUUACAAAUGAUGUCAAAUGAUUAGAGAAAAGUUUAUUUAAAGCUAUUAAAGUUUAUUUUUGAGCACCUUUCACAGACAAAGAAAGUCACAAAGUGCUUCACAAUCAUAUUAAAAAUCACAAUAGACACACACCGUUGCCCAAUCAGAAGGCUUUAACAAAUACAAUUUUUUAAAGGUUAUUUAAGGUUUUAAAAGCAUCAACAGAGUCUAUUG